AUGAAAUUGCAAAGUGCUCUAAUCAGCCAUCUCCUCCUGGGAUCAGUCAGCGCCCUGAUAGCACCGACUGAAGCCCAUACCGCCCUACGGAGAGACGACCAUAAUUCUUCGGCGCCAUCAAACCAGUCAUCCAUCCAAUGGACAGAGUGUGACUUGGAUUUUGGAGAGGCUGGCAACGCUGUUUUUGACGCUAUGCCGGAGAAAUUUCAGUGCGCCAAACUCGAGGUUCCGCUGGAUUAUACCAGUCUCAGUUCUGGUGAAACCAUCCAACUCCAAUUGAUCAAGGCCAGCGCAAACAAAGAACCCUACAUGGGUAGUAUGCUGUGGAACCCCGGCGGACCAGGAGGCUCUGGCGUCGAGUCAGUUGCUGCUCUGGGGCUCAAAUUGCGAAACAUCGUUGGAGGAAAUUACGAUAUCAUUGGAUUUGAUCCUCGAGGCACUGGCAAAACCAUUCCAUAUGUCUGCAACGUGUCAUCGGCUGAGACUUCUGUCACCCGACGUGAUUUUGAUACGCUACCCAAGGGUGAUAUCUGGAACAGUAUCAAGACGGUAGACUGGGAACUCUGGAAAGUCACGGCCGAUGCCUGCUUCAGAGACUAUGCCAAAUACGGCCGCUUCGUCGGCACACCUUUCGUUGCCAGAGACAUGAUUUCGAUCGCUGACGCCCUCGGUCAAGGCCCCAAGGUGAACUACUGGGGCGUCUCCUACGGCACCGUCCUCGGACAAGUCUUCGCUUCCAUGUUCCCUGACCGCGUGGGACGUCUUGUCUUGGACAGUAACCUUAUCGCCGACGACUAUGCCGAUACCACGUGGAAGACCGGCCAAAGAGACACAGAGCGCGCCCUACACCACCUCUUUGACGAGUGCGUCGAGGCUGGUCCUGAGGCCUGCGUACUGGCCAACUUCACCGGCGCCGACACUACCGGGGACAGCCUGAUGAAGGCACUCGAAACUCUUCUCGAGGAGCAGAUCAAUGACAAAAAUGACACCGCCAACGAGAAAGACGACAUCGUAUCUCUCUUCAAGAUUUCCCUGUUGGCAGAGCUCUACAAGCCUCUACAAUACCCUCUGGCCGUCGAAAGAGUCCACGCCGCCUUGACAGGCAACUGGACCCGCGCCAUCGCCUCGGCAGCGAAUGCACUACCGUCCGAAUGGAACGAAGGCGGCACCUUUGGCGUCUGGGGCAUCUCCUGCGCGGACUCUUCCUUCCGCGUCGAGAACUUGGAUGAUUUGUACUCUAUCUACCGAACUCACUGGGAGGGUAGCUCUUUCGGCGAAGCCAGCGCCAGGCUGCGCAUGCAAUGCUCACGCUGGAGGUUCGAUGCCGCGGAGAAGAUCGACCUCAACGCUUUGAGGAACGUCAGGACCAGCUUUCCGGCUCUCAUUAUCAACGGCCACUGGGAUCCGGUCACCCCCGAGAAUACGGCAUGGGAGAUUUCUGCGCGGUUCCGGAACAGUCGGGCUGUUAUUCAUCACGGAGUUGGUCAUGGAUAUACCAAUCACCCCUCUAGCUGCGUGGACAACAUCGUCCGUGAAUAUUUCCAGAAUGGCAAGAUGCCCGACAUCGGGACUACGUGCGAGCCGGAUAUGACUGCAUUUGAAUAUGUCGCUUCCCAAGCAAAGAAGGCAGAGGAGAGUGAAUAG